GCGCAUCCGUCAUCCGUUCGGCGUGUGCUUUAUACUAGUAAAGGCCUAUGUGUGUUCAUUCCUUAGCCGGUUCCCGUUGAAAAGGGUCUAUUGUCAUCUCACCAUCUCUCAUCAGCGAACUUUUUGACCAUCAUCGGUUCAACUUCAUCGUCAAUAUGAAGAAGAUCAUCACACAGGAGACGUUCAACGAAACGUUUCGUGAGAACGUGACCGAACUGGACAUGAACUCGGAAGAAGCACUUGCCGAAACUAUACAACAGUUCCAAGCGCAAGGAGUGGAUCUCAGUAAUAUUGUGAAAACAGUUGAAAUGGCUCGAGGGCUCGACCCUAUAAAGCAAAUAGUCGACAACCUAAAAAAAAUUCACGAUGCUGGUACUGAAAGUGAAAUGUGCUCAGAAAUACUCUACAAUUUGACUCAAAGCCGUAAACUGUGCAGUUCGAAUCUAGCUUACAAAAUGCUUGCUGGAAAGAAUGGCUUGUACAACACACUGUUACGCCUUUUAAACCGUUCAAAGGGAAAUGAAACUCUUGUAGUGUCAUGCUUAGAAACAUUGACAGAUGUUAUGGACGGCUAUCCUGAUUUAUUGGAUGACGACGGUGUGAAGGAAAUAGUAUACUUUUUGGAGAAUGAAGUUUCUGUUCCUGUGAUAAAAUUGACACUCAGAUGGGCCUCGGUUUGUUGUAUUAAACACGAAUCAAACAGACAGAAAUUCUUCUCAAAUAAUAUUGUUACGCUGUUAAAAAAGUUUAUUACACCUGAUGUUGAUACAAUGCUCCUAAAAGGGGCUUGUGGCUUAAUAUGGGCAAUGACUUUAGAUGAUGAUAUCAGAGCGCUGGUCCCCAAUGCCCAUAACCACGCCUGUGCUUUCGCAGCUGAGUAUCUAGAGCCUCUAGUGCAAAUUCUAAACGUGGUCAAAGAUGAAAAUAUUUUAAGUGAAGUAGUAAAUACUUUAAGUUCCAUAAUGGUAAGGAAUGAAUUCUGCGAAGUAGUCUCAAGAAAUGACGGCAUUAAGUUUAUCAUGGCCAUGCUCAACGAAUAUAGAUACAAUCUGGUCCUUGCUAGAAGGAUAUUAAAACUCUUGACUAACCUGGCCGGAAACGAUAAUGUAAAAAGUGACAUCAUGGAUAACAAUGCAGCUGAGAAGAUAACUUCUCUGCUAAAUGAAUAUAUUACCGAUUCGACUAUGGUAAAAAGCAUUGCAUUAUUAAUAUCGAAACUGACUUUGAGAAUGGAAAAAUAUGGCUUGGCUUUCAUCAAAUUAGGUGUUGUCGAAUUGAUAACCCAAGCUAUGAAGGUGCACUUGUGUAAUGUGGAACUUCUGAGGAAUUGCUGCUGGGCACUGAGAAAUAUCGCGGUUCACAACAAACACCUGAAGGAAUAUUUUAUUCAAAUGGGUGUUGAGGAAGUUGUGAACCAUAUUGGUAUCAAGUUCGAAGAGAUAUCACAAGACUGCAACGCUGUCCUAAUUGCUCUUGACUGUCCUGUAAAAUUGACAGAACAAUGGGUCGGUAAAACAGGAGAUAAAUUGGCCGAGAAUAAAUAAUACACUUUAUAAUGUUUCAAGUUUUUCUUAUUUUUUUAAACCAGUAAUUAAGAUCAAACUGUGAUAAAUUUGCACUGCUAUUUUUAACAAUAUUUGCAGUAGGCUUCAAGUUUUGCUUUAUAAGUUUUAUUAAAUAAACAGGUUAUAAAUAAAGUUCAUGAGAGCUACAAUGGCAAAGAUUGUUUAAUUGCUUGUUAAUAUAACCUGUUUAAUGUUGUCUCAUAUUUUGUUUUAUAUUUUAUUAUUAUUUUUUACCAAUACAGUACUCGAAUUGUGAUACUACUGUAAAUGUAUUUUAACUGUUAACCAGUUUUAAAAAUAAAUAUUUAAACAAAAA